UCGAAAAGUGCGGUUGAUUUUUGGCACAGCGGAGCGUCGCAAGGCAAUUGGAGCAAUCGGUGUUGCAAAAAAGAAAAGUGAGCUUGAAAGGUUGACGUGCAGAUAGGAAGUGGUGUAACGUGAAAUACGCACACACACACAAACUCUCGUUGUGGUCGCCAAGUGUGACAGUGACAUAGUGUUUGGGCUGCCAAAUAGUUUUAUUAACCUGAAGUGCGCAUAACUUCUACUUUCUUCUCCCCGUUAACAGCCACUCCAUAUAAUUUUUUCUGGCUUUGGCUUGUCCGCUCUUCGCCCGAUUAUGUGAACGUUUAAUUGAAACGAAUCGAGAAUUUCAAUGAGUGCACAAUAAUCAAGUAAAAUUAAUUUAACUCUGAAAAGACAAACAUUUUUGUUAUUAAAGCUUUUGUAUUGUCACAAAGAAAUUCCGUUUGCCACCACAAAGCAAACUCUAAUUGCGUUAAAUUGCACAAGUGUUAGUCUCUUUCCACAUACAACAAUAAAAUGACCAAUAUGCGCGCGUUGUCAGUGAAUUUGUGGCGCAACGGUGUAAAUGGUCAAAUUGGUGGCGCUUCUGCUGUAGCAGCCAAGACCAACAAGAUCAGCAAGCAAAUGGCCUUUGCAACGAAAUCGAGAGCAGUGCCAAAAGGCAAUGCACGAGGAAACUCUAGCGUCGCGGCGACCGCGACCACGGCCUCGGAGCCCGGAAUGGCUUGUCCACAUCUGUCCUCCGGCGGGGCAACAACAGGCAACGGCAGUAAUGCGGUGCAUGAGACGAGCGAGUGGCUGAACGCGCUGCCAUACAACGAAAUACCUGGCCCCAAGCCGAUACCCAUAUUGGGAAACACCUGGCGAAUGAUGCCCAUCAUCGGCCAGUACACCAUAUCAGAUGUGGCGAAAAUCUCAUCGCUGCUACAUGAACGGUACGGACGCAUUGUGCGUUUCAGCGGACUCAUCGGACGACCGGAUUUGCUAUUCAUAUACGACGCUGAUGAAAUAGAAAAGUGCUAUCGAAAUGAGGGCGCGACCCCCUUCCGGCCAUCAAUGCCGAGUUUGGUGAAAUAUAAAAGUGAGAUACGCAAAGAGUUCUUCGAAGACAUCGGUGGAGUCGUGGGUGUUCAUGGCGAACCUUGGCGCCAGUUCCGCUCACGCGUACAAAAGCCGGUAUUGCAAUUGUCAACCAUCAGACGCUACUUGAAACCAUUAGAGCUGGUCACAAACGACUUUUUAGAACGCUGUGAGCAGCUAUUGGAUGAGAAUUCGGAAUUGCCCGAGGACUUCGAUAAUGAAAUUCACAAAUGGUCCCUAGAAUGCAUCGGGCGGGUUGCGCUCGACACAAGACUCGGUUGCUUGGAGCCUAAUCUAUCGCCAGAUUCCGAGCCGCAGCAGAUAAUCGAUGCAGCCAAAUAUGCGUUGCGUAAUGUUGCUACACUUGAACUGAAAGCUCCAUAUUGGCGCUACUUCCCCACACCGCUAUGGACGCACUAUGUUAAAAACAUGAACUUUUUUGUGGAGGUUUGCAUGAAAUAUAUCCACAAUGCCACGGAGCGUUUGAGGAAACAAGGACCCAGUCGCGACGGCGAGCCCUCGCUGCUUGAAAAAGUUAUACUCGCUGAAAAAAAUGAAAAAGUAGCCACGAUUAUGGCUUUGGAUUUGAUUUUAGUUGGCAUCGAUACAAUAUCUAUGGCCGUUUGUUCCAUUCUCUAUCAGCUCGCCACGCGUCCAGCCGAACAACAAAAAUUACGUGAGGAAUUAAAACGCGUUUUACCCGAUCCAGGCACGGAACUUUCCAUACAACGACUCGAUCAGAUGCACUACCUGAAGGCGUUUAUCAAAGAGGUUUUCCGCAUGUAUAGCACAGUUAUUGGCAAUGGCCGCACACUGCAGGAGGAUACGGUCAUCUGUGGGUACAGAAUACCGAAAGGCGUGCAAGCGGUCUUUCCAACUCUCGUAACCGGACAAAUGGAAGAGUUCGUCACGGACGCGACUUCCUUCAAGCCAGAGCGUUGGUUAAAAACAAGUCAGGGUGGCACUGGCGAGCACUUGCAUCCAUUCGCAUCCCUGCCAUAUGGUUAUGGUGCGCGAAUGUGUUUAGGUAGACGUUUCGCCGACUUAGAAAUGCAAAUUCUCCUGGCAAAGCUUCUUCGCAAUUACAAACUGGAAUAUCAUCACAGGCCAUUGGAUUACGCCGUGACUUUUAUGUAUGCGCCUGAUGGUCCAUUGCGGUUCAAGAUGACUCGAGAGGAAUAAAUGCACACUUAGUCCUAAAUAUAUGCUUACUUAUGCGUACACUUACUAUUACAUAUCCAUAUAUACAUAUUUACAUUUUAUAUAUAAAUCGAUUGACGCUAAUAAAAUCAUCCUUUGAGAACGGCUUGACUGAUUUAA